GUGGAAAGUGUAACAACUUUACACAUUACACAAAGUGUUGGAUGUAGACAUAGCGACCACUUCACAGCCAGAACUGCGUUUGUUUUCUGGAGCCUGGAGUCAGAAAAUGGCGCCGGUGGAUCUGACGAAAGUGGGAAAGAACUUGUUAAAAAGCGUUGAAACUGGAAAGACUGUGGAGCUUCAGUCUCUGUGGGCAGAGCAGCCUGUCGUCCUGUUCUUCCUGCGCAGGUUUGGCUGUCAGGUGUGUCGGUGGAUGGCCUCAGAAAUCAGCCGUCUGGAACCAGAGCUGAGAGCCAGCGGCGUGGCACUGGUUGGUGUUGGACCAGAAGAGUUCGGGCUGCAGGAGUUCAGGGACGGUGGAUUCUUCAGUGGAUCCAUUUAUGUGGAUGAACAAAAGAAAAGCUACAAAGAUCUGGGCUUCAAGAGAUACACAGCCCUGACUGUGGUCCCUGCUGCUCUGGGCAAGAAAGUACGUGAUGUUAGUGCAAAGGCCGGCGCGGCAGGAAUCCAGGGGAACUUCUCAGGAGACCUGCUGCAGAGUGGAGGCCUGCUCAUCGUAGCCAAAGGUGGAGAGAAAGUUCUGCUGCACUUCAUCCAGGAUUCCCCUGGUGACCACGUUCCACUGGAGGACAUCUGUAAGGCUGUGGGAAUCUCCGCCACAGUACCAGCUGCACAGAGACCAGUGUGUAACGAUGACGUUUGUUCUCUCUGACGUCAGCGGCCGAACAAAGAGGUCGGACGAGGAGCAGCUUUUUAAUCCAACACUAGAAUCACAUCCGACCAUUUGAAGGAUUCAAAUGUAUCAGUGACAGAACAGUAACUUAUUGUCAUUUUAUUUGUUUAAUUUAAUUACAUAAUUUUGAAAAUUAAACACAAUGAUUCCUAA